UCAUUGCUAUUGCUGUCUUACAUAUAUACUUACAUACAUAUAUGUAUGUUUGUAUAUGUUUCUGCAUUUGUUUGGUUACUACUGGGCUUGCUUGUUGGCUGACAGCCGGACUGGUUGGCAGCAGUUGAUUUCUUGGCUGCCCAUACGUUUGCUUGGCCUGCCUGUCUGCCUGCGCCUGUCUACCCCUGCUGCGCUGCUGGAUCUUCGCCAUCGCUAUUGGCAUCGUCGUCGUCGGAGUUGUGUUCGUCGUCGUUGGCACUGGCGUUCGCCUACGGUUGGGUUGUUGUAUGAAACGGCUGAGUUUGGUGUGUCAUUCGGUUCGCUACCUCGCUCGUUGACGGAUGUGAGUGCAAGAGAACGGAGCGGUGUUUAUAGUAGGAAAUCAAAAGUAAUCACAAAACAAAUUAACAAUCGAAGAGAAGCAAAAAAAUAAAAAAAAAAACAAUUGUGCGUUCAAAAAAAAAAAUUGUACGGAAGUGUCGAAUAAAAAAUCAAAAAGUCAUAAAAAUAUUAUCACACAAUUUCCUCCGGCAAAUCGACAGGCGUUGUUGUAAAACAUUAAGCACCGCACAUUACGUUAAUAUUAUUGAAAAUACAUACAUACAUAUGUAAAUAAGCUACAAAACGGUUAAUGUACAACUGUGCGCAGGUGUUGCAAGUGUGUUUUGUGUGGCAAAUGUCAUUGAAGGCUCAAAACCGCGUAAGCUUAUGAGAUAUUAAAUUUGAAAAUAUAAACAAAAAAUAAGCAGAGUCAAGGCAUAUGAAAAUAUAUGUAGCAGAAAGUGAUUUUUUUGAAGAGAUAAACAUAAAGCAAAUUUUUAAAGUAAAAAUCAGAAGAAAAUUAUUUUUUAAGCGAAAAGAAGCGCAGAAUUAAUUUAAUAAAUACUAAAAGCGCUGUUUGAACUUGAAAAGCUUGGAAAAAUAGCUAGUUCUAAAUAACAAAAACAAAAACUUAGAAAUCUUUGUUGAAAAAAUACAAAAAAACAAAAACAAUUGAGUUCCGUUAAAAAAGUUAUUUUUAAAAAUAAAAAAAAUUAAUUUGAAAAAACAAAAACCCAUUUGAAUUUUAAAAAGUUGGCAAAUUUUUUAAAACAAUAAUUUAUUAAAAAAAAAGUAUAACCAAAAAAAAUUAAAACCCAAAAAUUAAUUGAAAAAACACUAAAAACUAAUAACACAGCGUAAAAUUUAACUUGCAAACAGUACUUUACGAAAGUGUUGCAAACGAAAAAUAAAUUACAUACAGUACUUCAAAAAAGUGUUAAACCAACUCAAAUUCAAGUGUUAAUGCACCCUCCGCAACCCCAACAACCGCAACAGUAUUGCCCAACUAACACGCUAAACUGCCGCGGAAGCGUAGAAAAAGUCAAUUAGUACAACAAACAACAAGCAAUUUAGCUUAAACGGCAUAACACCCGCUACCAACGUGCAAACGGCGUGUUUAAGCGCCGCGAAACGCGAAAAAACAGCUUGACGGCGGAUUUAAGCAACGGAAAAAAAUUAUCAUUAUUGUUGUUAUUGUUGUUGUGGUUAGGCAAAACGUACGCUAACCUCAGAAAUAAAUCGCAAUAUAAAUGUCAUAAGUGGAUUUGUGAGUGAUAAAAAUUGAAAAAAAAAUAAACACUUAUAAUACAACAAACACAAUUAAACAGUUAAUUGCAACAGAAAUAAAUUACAACUACAAAUAAGAGUUGCAACGGUUAAAGAACGAAUUCAUUUACAUACACAAGUAAAUAUUGAAAAACAUAAAAAUAAAAUAUAUGGCCAAUACAAAAACAGCAAGUGUAACGGCAACAGCGACAGCAAGUGCAACAGCUAUUGGCGGCAGCGAGAAUCAAUUCUGUAUGCAAUUAAAUGCUUCAGAAUUAACGGCGAUCAUAAUGAAAGGUUCACCCAAUUCCAACGAUCGCGAUGCUGGCUUCUGCUCCGGCAGUUCUGAGGGCGGCGACGAUCUCGACCGCAUGGAGCAUGCACGUCUCGAAAGCAGCAGUCCCACCAGCCCCACCGAUGUGACAACAGAGACCUCUGAGGACUCGGUUGAAGUCAAAGUCACGCCAAUUGCGCUCGUGCGCAAUAAACGUAAAAGUUCGGAACCUUCCAAAGUGGUGGAUGCUUGCGCGACGUCUGUUACGGCGGGUGCGCAUGCGCCUGCACUCGCCACGGCGCCAUUGAAGAAACGCAUACGUUAUACCUCGACGACAGAUUCCGCAGUGGUGUUGACACCGCCAGCGCUUGCGACACCACCACCGCACGGCAUCUGGGAUCCUAGUCAAGUGUUACCUCAUGAAUUGAUGCCAAAUCCAGCGCAGGUGUUCGUGCGACAUCCGGGCGUAACGACACUGCAUCGCAUACCCGCCACCACCGUCGAAGAGCAAUUGGAGCCGCUAGCGCUAGUUGCGAAGAAACCAACAACCACAAAUAGUGUUAAGCUUGAGAGCGAACAAGCGCAUGUGUAUACGCACGCGGCCGCCAGCGAUGAAUCAACGCCGUCCGUUUAUGUACCGAAAAAGCAACAGGCAACCGCAAAUAGUCAACUAAAGUUCCAUGCUAACAAUGAGUUUGUACCGCUAGCGUUAACGACGAGCGCGCAUCACUUAAGCGCUGCGCGGGACGAGCACGCGCUACAACAACAUGUGGCCGCUAGCACUAAUGGCAGCGCGUUGCAAUACAAUAAACCCGGCAGUGCAGCGGAUGAGAUGCCUAGCGGUAGCGGCGGCAGUAAUGGUAGCGGUAGCGCGCGUCCGCAACAACGGAACUAUAAGAAUAUGACACGCGAAAGACGUAUAGAGGCGAAUGCGCGCGAACGCACGCGCGUGCAUACUAUUUCCGCGGCAUAUGAGACGCUGCGACGCGCUGUGCCAUCCUAUUCGAAUGCGCAGAAACUAUCAAAGCUUUCGGUAUUGCGGAUCGCCUGUUCCUACAUUUUAACGCUAAGCCGCAUGGCUGGUCAGGAUUACAGCGCCGAUGGUUCUGAGCCAUCACUGGCAGAUUGCUUCGAUGCCGUCACCGAAACAAUACAGACUGAAGGCAAGAUCAGAAAGAAGAAGGACGAAUAAGCGCUAAGAGAUAAAGUGAAAGCUAGAUAGCAAGCAGGUUUCAAUAGUGCGUUUAGCACAUAAGACUUAAUUUUUAGACUUCCUGAGUUUCCUACUGAGCAAUUAAGUAAAACAAAAAACAAACACAUUUAAAUUAUUGUGACUGAAGCUUUUAAGCACUGACGCUUAAAAGCGUUCGAAGCUUUUGCGUGUGCGAAGUGAAAGCUCAACUGUGUGAGCAAGUGUAAUAAAGCUUUAAAAGCGUUGAUAUGGCUUACAAAAAACGAUCAGUUAAUACUAGUAUGGCAAGCGUUCAAUGAAAGCUCAAACUAUUUGAUAUUAACUAAGUAAUAAUUAUUUUGAUAAGUAUGUGUAUGAUGUGAUGACGCUUUCGGCAAUAAGAAAUUGUAUAAAAAAGUGGGUAAAAAUUUAAGAAAAUUAUUUAUAAAUUUAUUUGUAUGCAAGAAAGAGAAGAACAGAGUGACGUAGGGGACAGAAUAGUAUUAAAUAUGGUUUGACAAAGAAAAGUAACAUGAAAUAAAUAAAGCAAAAAAAAAAACAGUACAAAAAAUAUAGAGGUGAACUAAAGCAAGCGAAAAGCGCAAAAUAUUUUGUGCGGCAUAACGGUUUUGAGUUUUCGAGAAGACAAACAAAUUAUAAGAAGUGUUGAAAUGAUGAUAAAAAAUUUUAAAUUCUUAAAUUUUAUUAUAUAAUAUGUAAAAAAAAAGAAUUUUUGAAUAAAAUCUUCAACAUUUUCCUAUAAAUAAAGUACCGUAACAAAAGCAUUUCGCUUGCUUUUUACGAAAAUAAAAGUAAUAUCGCUCAAUUACCGCCAAGACAAUAAUUGUAAACUAACGGUAAACAUUUGAAAAAAUAAAACUAAUUUUAAAAUUUUUUACAACAACAAAUGGCAGUUGUUUAUUGCUACAACACACUCGAAUGACAAUAACUAUAUUAUCAAAAUAAAAAUACUAAAAAAAUU